AAUUCAACAAAUUACCAAUUUCCUUUCACAUCUCUACAAUCUUCUAUAUAUAAAUUCAAACCCCCCCUUAUUUCUAGAUCAAUUACAUUCGUAUCUAUCCACUUCUAGCUUUCCUUUAUAAGUCACACUAAUCUCAGCUUAAUAUCCAUGGCAGAAAAACAGGGUUUGAACGGUGCCUACUAUGGCCCUUCAGUCCCACCGCCACGCAAAGCCUACCACCGCCCUGGCCGUGGCAGUGGUGGCGGUUGUGGCUGCUGCGGCUGCCUAUUUGGCUGCCUUUGCAAUUGCAUUUUCAGCCUCAUUUUCAAACUAGUUUUCACUGUCAUCAUCCUUGUGGGCAUUGCCGCCCUCAUCUUCUGGUUCCUUGUUCGCCCCAAUAACCUUAAAUUCUAUGCCACUGGUGCUUCAUUGACACAAUUCAAUCUCACCACGGACAACACACUUCAAUACAACCUUGAUCUCAAUCUCACCGUUAGAAACCCCAACAAGAGGAUGGGUAUAUAUUACGAUACCUUCCAAGUCAAUGGUUAUUAUGAAGGCCAGAGAUUUGAUACACAGAAUUUGACACCGUUUUACCAAGGCCACAAGAAUACGACUGAGUUGAGCACUGUGUUUGAUGGACAACAAUUGCUGGUGUUGGGGGCUAGUGAGGUUUCUAACUAUAAUUCUGAGAAGAGUAAUGGGUACUACAGCAUUGAUGUGCAGCUCAAUCUUAAGAUUAGAGUCAAGGUGGGUUGGAUCAAGGUUGGGCACUUCAAACCCAAGAUCAAUUGUGACUUAUCAGUUCCUUCGAGUGCAGGAGGUACCUUUCAGACUACCAGGUGCAAAUUGAAGCUCUGAUCGAUGAUCAUCACAGCAGGGCUUGUUCAUCUAUGAACUUUG